AAAGUGGACAGAAGGAAUCUGUCGAGGAGACUGAAGGGUCAUUUAACAAGAGACUUGUUACGGUCAGGCUACAAAACAGAGAGAACCGCAGAGCAUAUAGGGGUAGAGUGGACAGGCCGAGUGUGUGUGUGUGUGAACUGGGAGAUUCCGAUCCAGGAUCUCCAGAACCUGCAAGGUGUGGAGCUUCACACACACAAAGCUCUGCUAGGACUCCUCCUGAGCUACCGGAUCCACUCACUCAGACAUGGAGGCCCAGUUGGAGGAGCUGAAGCGUCAGCUGGAGAAGCAGUGUCAGCUGACCCAGAAACUUCAGACAGAGAACCAGAACCUGGAACGGCAAAUUCAAGAGAAAGAGAAACAACUACAGGAGCUGCAGAGUCGCUUUGAUGAAGCCGUGCCAGGAUUCCGUUCUCAGCGGAACAGCGUCGAGAGCGUCAGCGAAGUGCGGCAGAGUCGGGCUGCCGUCAUCGCGCCUGAACCGCUCUCAGAACACCUGGACAUUCCCAGGGUCAAAAAGACCACCAGCGAGGCGGAGCAGAUCAAACAUGCUAUCCAGAAGAACGACUUCCUGAGUCGCCUUGACGACGAGCAGAUCUCCAUGAUGGUGGAGCUGCUGGAGGCUCUGGACCGUUGCCCUGGUGAUGAUGUCAUCGUUGAAGGCUCUGAGGGAGACAGCAUGUACAUUGUAGCAGCGGGGGAGCUGAAGGUGACCCAGGCCGGCCACGUCCUGCGGACGCUUUCCUCCGGAGACGUCUUCGGAGAACUGGCCAUCCUCUACAACUGCAAACGGACCGCCUCGGUCAGAGCUGCCACUGCUGUGCGGCUCUGGAGCAUCCAGCGACAGAAGUACCGAACCAUCAUGACCAACAAGUCCAUUAGGAAGCGUGAGCAGCUCAUGGGAUUCCUAAAGACUGCCCAGACUCUGAAGGCGCUGAAUGACCUGCAGCUCUCCAAAAUCAUCGACUCCAUGGAGGAGGUGAAGUUCCAGAAGAGUGAGGUGAUUGUGCGAGAGGGUGCGGAGGGGAACACCUUCUACAUCAUCCUGGAUGGCGAGGUGCUGGUGACAAAGAAGGUGAAUGGCCAGCAGAAGACCAUCCGCAGAAUGGGCCAAGGAGAGCACUUUGGGGAGCUAGCCCUCAUACGUGAGAUCCUGAGGACAGCAACGUGCACAGCCCUGGGUCCCGUCACAUGCUUCUGCAUCGACAAGGAAGUCUUUGAAGAGACCAUCCCCAUUGAGAAUCUGGAACUGCAUGAUGAACUCAAAGUACUGGAGCCGUCACCUGAGCCUGAGGAUGUCCAGCCUGGUGCGUCCCUGCGGCUGAAGGACCUGGUCCCGGUGUUCUACCAGGAAGGCCGUUACCAGGGCGACCCUGUCACUCUUGGAGUGGGGGGGUUUGGGCGCGUCGCACUGGUCACCACAAAGCAUUCUGGGAAGUACUAUGCCGUAAAAAAAGUCAGCAAAAAGCACAUCGUUGCCAAGCGUCAAGAGGGCCACGUUCUGUUUGAGAAGCGAAUUCUACAGAUCAUUCAGUGUGAUUUCAUUGUAAAGUUGCACGCCGCGUUCAAAGACUCCCGCUACAUCUACAUGGUCAUGGAGUACUGUGGAGGAGGAGAGAUUUGGACCAAACUCAAGGAAGUUGGGCGUUUUGAUGAGCCGGUGGCGGUGUUCUGUACAGCGUGUGUGGUGGAGGCGUUCGCGUACCUGCAUAAGAAGGGCAUCAUGUACCGAGACCUGAAGCCUGAGAACCUGCUGCUAGAUGCACGAGGAUACAUCAAACUGGUGGAUUUUGGCUUUGCUAAGGAGCUGAGUCGCGGGGUGAAGACAUACUCGUUCUGUGGGACGCCGGAGUACAUGGCCCCCGAGAUCAUCCAGAACCACGGACACGACUUCGCCGCCGACUUCUGGUCACUCGGUGUGCUCGUCUACGAGCUGUUGGUUGGGAGCCCCCCAUUCUCCAGCUCCGAGCCCCAGAAGAUCUACUCCAAGAUCCUGGACGGCGUGGUCAAGUUCCCCCCUCACAUGAGCGAGGCCGCCCGCUCCCUCAUCAGCAAACUCUGCAGACCUCGUCCAGGCCAGAGACUCGGAAACACAAAGAAUGGAAUCAAAGAUGUCCGACAUCACAGAUGGUUCAGCACUGUUAACUGGCACAAGUUGAGAAUGGGACAAGUCGAGGCUCCCACCGUCCGACUCAUACGAAAGGGACCAUGCUACAUCAACUUCGACCGCUUCCCGCAUGACAAGACCCAGGCUGAGGAGGAGUUCUCGGGGUGGGACAAAGACUUCUGAGCUUGCUGGCGUUCUGGAACCUUCCACCCUGCGCGGGGUUCUGCAAGUGGAAUGUUGGGAGAAGAAUGUUGGUGUGAAUGUCUCUUGGAUCCUGUGUUCUGCAGAGGCCUGAGGCACCAUCUCGUGGGACCAUCAGUGACCUGCCAUACCGCCAUGAGACCCGCUCAGCUCUGGAGUAGGGCAGAACUUGUACAUACGGAAUCAUUAGUGGACAUGUAGGAGAAUAUUCAUGUAUCAGUUUCAGUUCAUAUAAUUACUUAAUCUCAAGAUUUGGUUUUGAGUAUGUAUGGCUUCUAUAGUAUGAGUAUGUAUGAGUAUGUAUAGCCUCUAUAGUAUGAGUAUGUAUGGCCUCUAUAGGUCAUGGGGGCGAAAUGAUUAAAGGUGUGUCAAGCCAGGCCAGAGGAGA